GAGAGAGAAAACGAUGCGGGACACAAUGAGCCCACGAUUUCACCUUCCCGUAUGUACUUUUGACCGAUCUCAUCUCCUUGCAAUUAUAAAAAAAACUCAUCCUCUCCUAAAAAAAGAAAAACUUCUCCCUAGAAGCGUCGCCGCAUUCAUCUCCCAUCGAUGCAUCGCCGUCCCCCAUUUCCAGGCUCCGCCGCCGCCCUCACCUCUCCGACUCGACGCUUGUGCUUCCAGAUCGAAGCCCACGACGACGGCGCUCCCAAAUCGAUGACACGACACCCCUGGCUCGUCCUCAUCAAGGAAGCGCGGCUUCCAGCGGGCGGCGAUGAAGGAAGGCCCUUGGAUCCGCGCUCCCGCAGCUGACGACGGCCAUGACGAGGUUGCUCCAGAGGGGCGACCCCCAUGACGAGAGAGGGCCCUCUGCGUACAUGGCGCAGCGGCGCUCACCCCCGGUUUCAGAUGUACAUGCUGGCGUUCAACACCACGGAUGGACAGAGGCUGGGCAGAACCCAGCCAUGUACGUCCAGAGGCGGUUGCCGGACAGGCUGGAGGAUGAGGAUAGCGCGAGCGCGAGAGUACACAGGAGGUGACUGGGUCGCACUCGACAUGCGGCGGAUUCGGCCCACGCGGCCAGCGCGUCAUACGGGUCCGCCAACGCCGCCCGAAAUACCACCAGCAGUCCAACCUCAACACCUCCUUGUUCACCGGCAUCGGCAUGUCGCCCGUGAACAGCGCGGGCGCCCCGACGAGGAACGACAGGAGGAGAAGGAGCACACGCGUAGGAGCCGCCAUUUUCUGAUGGAUGGUGGCAAUGGUGGAUUGUAUGGAACAGAGGUGGCGAUCGAUGGGCAGAUCUGGUUGGCUAGCAAGAUGGUGCAUGGUGCAGUGGUCGAGCUGGGCGUUUUGGUUACAGCAUGGUGGAGGCAGGCGCGCAAGGACUGAGCAGCAACAACUCAGCGGCGGCAUACCAGCAGAGAUGAUGCUCUGAAUUAAGUACGAUCUGGUUAAUUUUGGCUUCAAUCGUUGUCCCUUCGAUCUGGAAUAGACAACAGAUGCGGGGCUCUUAAAUUCCUCCUCCUCCUGCUGUUCCUCGUCGUUGUUGUUCAUUGUUGUCACACACAGCAAGUCACUCGAUCUCUGUCCUCCAUGAACCUGACUAUCAGGAAUUUAUGCAUGUCUGUCAAAUUUUGUUUCA